AUUAUUAUCAUCUUUUUUAUUUCCUUUCAGGAUGCCAAAGUGCAAGCGUCUCAAUAUUGUAAGAAAUAAUGUGGGUGAGUCAAACCAUCAACAUGCUGUCCUAGAAGAAACAAAUUCUAGAGCACCAUCUCCACCACCUAGAAAGCCAAGAGGUCCAACAUUGAUGUCCCACAUAUGGGAGUUGGAUAAAGGUGCCAAGGUCAACGUCAUAUUUGAUGCAAACUGCCACCCAAUUGGUAAAGAAGGUUGCACCUUGACUCGAUUCAUUGGUACUAUUGCAAGAAAAUCAGAUAUUGCACCUAUUAACUAUAAGGAUUGGAGGGAUAUGCCUCAAAUUUAUAAGGAUGACAUGUGGAAGAUUAUUGAGAAAAUUAGCAAACAGAAUAAAGAAAAUAGGCUAAAACUGGAAGAGCCCCAUUGCCUAGGCACCAAGACUUUUGCACGAUUUGUCAAUGAGAAGGAAAGCUUUGUUGAAGGGAGAAAGCUGUCAAGAGCUGAACUCUACAUUCAAAGUCGAACAAAAAAGGAAGGGGGACCUGUAAGUGAAAAGGCAAGCCAAGUGAUGGUUCCGGAUGCUAAUAGUGGGCAAGGCUUUUCCCCAAAUAAUCGUUCCUCUUCACAAUCAAGCCAUCACCUUUUGUUUCACCAAAAUGAAAGUAAUGAAGAAAAUGAUGGGCAAAGGGAUUGAAAGGCAUGUUUGUGUCUCCCUACUUGACAGUUUAAAGACUAAUGACUUUCUAGUUUGAUAGAUGCAUUUUCUUUUAGAUAAUUUUACAACUUUCGAUAUGAGAUACAAGCUAUUUUUUCAAAGUUGGGAACUGUAUGAAAUCGUCAAUGCUUUCAGCUUUAAUUAUGUUUUGAAUCAAAUCAUGGGUUACGGCAAUGUUCUGUUGCAACUUUGUCUUGUUCAAAAGAGGUCAAUUUGAGUACUGAUUUGUUUGUAUGUGUUAAAGAAUGUGUUUUCUUGUGAACGUGUGUUGGUUUAUGGUCUUCUAAUUUGUUCUAAGUGAAUGUGUGAUAUGGAUGGUUCAUGUAACUAGUGACAUGCUUAUGAUAUGCAUUUUCUUGUUGUUAUUAAUUCUCUUAUGAAUGAAUGACUGCAAUUUCU